GGCUGCACGCAGUGCCCGAGCUGGGCAGCGUCGCGCGCGGGAGCAGCCCGCCAACGACACAAAAAAGUAGCAGCCAUGGCAGAGGUGGCGCCAGCGGGCGCGAAGGAGGUCGACCAGCGGCCCAACACGCAUGACCCCUUCUGGGACGGCCAGAAUGAUAUUUUGAAGACCUACUCGCGCGCGCCUGUGUGGAAUUAUUGCGGAGACCUUCGCGAGCCUCCACGCCAUCGAGCCGCAGCAGUUACGGAGGCAACGUCGAGUCUUGGCCUGGAAUCUCCACGCCAUUGAGCAGACGCAGUCACGGGGGCGACGUCGCGUCGAUGGCGUGGGGCGCCUGCGAUUGAUUUCCACACACAGGUUCAACUACGAGGCGCUCACGGCGUACAAGCAGAAGCUGCACCGAUCGGAGAUGCUUGGCGCGAUAAUUGUCCCGCCGUGCAUGCUUCUUGCCCUUCUCUCAUAUCCUUGCGACAUGGCCAACAUCCGCGACGAAGUGAACGCGCGCCACAUCGCGCUGACGGCGGAUGGAUUACGUUACGUCGUGGACAAGCACCCGACCGGCUGUCGGUUACAGUGCCAGGACGAGGGCCGCAGCUCGCAGACCGUGCCCUACGACAAGAUUACUGACUGCGACGUGGAGGAGCCGGCCGGGAGCGAGGGCUGCCCGUGCAUGCUCGUGAAGCGCACGAUGUACACGUUCAACGUCGCCACGGCGAACGGCCCGGCGCUAGGCAACGCCAUGGCGGGCCCAGGCCUGUGGGGCAUCGACGCGCCCUACGAACUCAAGAAGGACGUGUGGUCCAUGAAGCGCGGCCAGGGCAUCGCCGGCGUCGAGGCGGCAUACAACGCCGCGCCCUCGGUCGCGUCCAUGGAUCGGAGCGGCGGCGGCGGGGGGAUCGGCGGCGGAAACUCCGAGCAACUCCUCGCACAGAUACUCCAGUGCAUCAAGGAGCAGAACAGCAUCCUCGCCCAGUUGAAGAAGUAGUGAGCCUUUCCCUCGGGCUACAUAAAUUGCAGUUCGCUUUAUAUAUCUAGACACGCACGGGUUCCGAACGCCGCGCGGUUAGAAGGCCAGCCGCCCGCGGACGCGCUCCUUGCCGCGCGCGACGGCCCGGCGCCGCGCCGGGAGGCCCUCGCCCUCGUCCUCGCUCUCCGGCGAGUGCAAGUAUUAUUGGCGUGGCCCUGGUCGUGGGCGAGUCGCUCCCGGCCCAGAAGCUCGUCGGCUUGGCGAUAGAUCUGCAUCGGCGGCGUCAUGCUCUACUCGAUCAUCGACGAUUUGAUGAAGAAGUAGGCGCCCGGUCCUCUCCCGUCCCGAUCGGGGCGCUGAAAGGCUACUAGGGAUGCCUAGCAUACUAGGCGCAGCGCGCAGCCGGCUGCACUCCCCAGAGCUGGGCAGCGUCGCGGGAGCAGCCCGGUUAGGCUGGCCAACUACACCAGAAAGUAGCAGCCAUGGCAGAGGUGGCGCCAGCGGGCGCGAAGGAGGUCGACCAGCGGCCCAACACGCACGACCCCUUCUGGGACGGCCAGAAUGACAUCCUGAAGACUUAUUCAUUUAAUUAUCAGGCGCUCACGGAGUACAAGCAGAAGCUGCACCGGUCAUAUUGUUUGGGACAACAUAUUUGCUUCCCGCCGGGGUAUCUUAUUGCCGCCCUCACGUACCCGUGCGAAUUGCCGCGUCGUCCUCCACGCCAUCGACGCGACGCCUGCUCGAUGGCGCGGCGAUGCCGGUUCCUCGCCGCUCGACCGAGCCAGAAGCACCCGACGCACUGGUUGAUUUCCACCCAGGUGCGACAUGAAGAACAUCCGCGACGAAGUGUACGCCCGCCACAUCGCGCUGACACAGGAUGGAUUACGUUACAUCGUGGACAAGCACCCGAGCCAGUGUCGGCUGGCGUGCCAGGACGUGGGCCGCAGCUCGCAGACCGUCCCCUACGACAAGAUUACUGACUGCGACGUGGAGGAGCCGGCCGGGAGCGAGGGCUGCCCGUGCCUCCUCGUGAAGCGCACGGAGUACGUGUUCAACGUGGCCACGGCGAACGGCCCGGCGUUCCAUUCCUCCAUGAGCGUUGGCCUGCGGGGCAUCGACGCGCCCUACGAACUCAAGAAGGACGUGUGGUCCAUGAAGCGCGGCCAGGGCAUCGCCGGCGUCGAGGCGGCAUACAACGCCGCGCCCUCGGUCGCGUCCAUGGAUCGGAGCGGCGGCGGCGGCGGGGGCGGCGGCGGAAACUCCGAGCAGCUCCUCGCCCAAAUCCUCCAAUGCCUCAAGGAGCAGAACAGCAUCCUCGCCCAGUUGAAGAAGUAGUGAAGCCUGGAGUCGUUCACCCCAGACCUUCCUCUCGGGCCCCGUCCCGCCCCCGGCCCUGAGCCCUCAUACGCCGUCGCCCCGAGUGUUUCUGCAUGGAAAGACCCGUCGGAGCAUCCAAGCUACGUAAAUUGCAGUUCGCUUU